CAGUUAUUCGCCUCCUUAUAGCACGUUCGUGACCGCGCGUUUCGCACUUGCCCUCUCCCAUCACUCUACUCGGGAACCCUUUGUUUUUGAGUAUUUGGAGCAUUUUUUUCAGGGUAAAACGUCAGUUUUUAGGGUUAUACGGUUGUUUAAUAACGGGACGUGAAAAAAAUGGAUCAAAGCAGUGAACAGGCCGAAAAGGCCAUCCAAAUUUGGAAAAUUCGCCGUCUAGUGAAGCAACUUGUCAACUGUCACGGAAACGGAACUUCUAUGAUUUCUUUGAUUAUUCCUCCCAGAGAUCAGAUUUCCAAGGUCAGUAGCAUGCUGGCUGAAGAGUACGGUACCGCGUCGAACAUCAAGUCGCGUGUGAACCGUCUGUCUGUGUUGUCUGCCAUUACUUCUACUCGUGAGCGUCUGAAAUUGUACAACAAGGUUCCUCCCAACGGUCUUGUGCUGUACUGUGGUGAAGUGUUGAUGGAAGGCAACAAGACUCGUAAGCUUAACAUCGAUUUCGAACCGUUUAAGCCUAUUAACACGUCGCUUUACCUCUGUGACAACAAAUUCCACACGGAACCUUUGGCUGAGUUGCUCGAGAGUGACCAGCGCUUCGGUUUCAUCGUUAUGGAUGGUCACCAAACGCUUUAUGGUGUUGUGAGCGGUAACACGCGUGAGGUUUUGCAAAAAUUCACCGUCGAUUUGCCCAAGAAGCACGGUCGAGGUGGUCAAUCCGCUCUUCGUUUCGCUCGUCUUCGUGAUGAGAAGCGUCACAACUAUGUGCGUAAGGUCGCUGAAACAGCCGUCACUCACUUUAUUACGGAUGACAAGGUUAACGUUGCUGGUAUUGUUCUUGCCGGUUCUGCCGACUUCAAGACCGAGUUGGGUCAAAGUGACCUUUUCGACCAGCGUCUCCAGGCUGCCAUCGUUCGUACGGUCGAUGUUUCCUACGGUGGUGAGGCAGGUUUCAACCAGGCCAUCGAGCUUGCUGCCGACACCCUGGCCAACGUCAAGUUCGUUCAAGAGAAGAAGCUCAUUCAACGCUUCUUUGACGAAAUCAGCAUGGACACUGGCAAGUACUGUUUCGGUGCCAUUGACACCAUGAACGCUCUCCAAGAGGGUGCUGUCGAAACACUCAUUUGCUUCGCCGAUCUCGACUUGACUCGUUGGGAGUUCAAGAACUCUGAGGGUAGCACUGUUGUGCUCUACCUUACCAAGGAGCAAGAAGAAAAUGACAAGACCAACUCGUACUUGCUGGACAAGAACACUGGCCAAGAAAUGGAGCUCAUUAGUCAGACACCUCUGUUGGAGUGGUUGGCCGAGAACUACAAGAAUUUUGGUGCUACCUUGGAGUUCGUUUCCGAUAGAUCCCAGGAGGGUAUGCAAUUCGUUAAGGGUUUUGGUGGUAUUGGUGCUAUCAUGCGCUAUCAAUUGGAUCUCUCUUUGCUCGAUCCCGAGUCUGAUGAGUACUAUUCCGACUAAUGACCAAAACAACCUGCCGACUUGGUUUUAUUAAUCCCAAAGCAACGUUCUAUAUCGGGGGA